AUGCCUCCGCAGCGUCGUGCCUUCACCUGCUCACCUGGGACAUGGAAGCAGACACCAGAAACAUCUCCUGACAUCCACCCAUCCUCCUCUUCCUCUCCUCCUCCUCUUCCUCCUUCACCCUGGUCCCCCUCCAUCUAUGGCCUCCCUAGGUUCCUCCUGGUCCUGCUGGCCUCCCUGUGUCUCCUCUGCUGCCCAGCUCAGGCGGCCUGGUAUCGGGUCGGGGUGGUGGGACCGUGGGGAUGCGACCCUCUCUUUGCCAAAGCUCUUCCCAGCGUGGCUGCACAGCUCGCAGUCAACCGCAUCAACAAGGACCCCUCGCUGUCCUACGCUGUGACCUUCGACUACAACGUGCUGCAGGAGCCAUGCGAGACAUCGAGGGCUCUGGAGGCGUUUGUUGGGUUCCACACCAAGGCCUCGGGGUACAUCGGACCCGCCAACCCCGGCUACUGUGACGCUGCUUCAAUGCUGAGUAAAGGCUGGAACAAAGCGCUGUUUCCUUGGGGUUGUGUCGGCUACGAGCUGGACGACGUCCGGAGCCACCCGACCUUCGCCCGCUCCAUGGCGAGGCCCACCUGGGUGCUGAUCAGCGUCAUGAGCUACUUCAGGUGGGCCCACGUUGGCAUCAUCUCCUCCUCAGAGGACAUCUGGGUGGAAACUGCUACCAAGGUGGCUGAUUCCUUACGGAGCCACGGGAUGCCGGUCAGACUGGUCAGUUUGAUGGAAAACACACCUCACGGCAUCAGACGGACUCUGGCCAAACUCCGCAAGAUGAGAGAAAUACGAGUUGUGAUCCUCUGCAUGCACUCGGCGCUGAUCGGCGGCUCGGCCCAGAAGCUGCUGCUGGAGACGGCCUACGACAUGCAGAUGAUCGACGGCUCGCUGGUGUUCGUGCCCUACGACACGCUGCUCUACAGCCUGCCCUACCGCAACGUCUCCUACCCGGCUCUGAAGGGCAACAGCAAGCUGCUGCGGGCCUACGACGCCGUGCUGACCGUCACCAUCGAGUCCCCGCGGCUGUCGUUCUACGAGGCCUACAGAGAAGCCAUGGAGAGGGGAGAGGUGGCCAGGACGCUGAAGCCGCAGCAGGUGUCUCCUCUGUUUGGUACCAUCUACAACUCCGUCCUGUUCAUGGCUCACGCUGUGCAUCGGGUUCGGGAGGCCAGAGAGUGGAUGUCUGGAGGAAACCUGGCCCGACACACCCGAAACCUGUCCUUCCAGGGCUUCAGCCAUCCCAUUAAAACCAACAGCUCUGGAGCUGCUCUGCUGGACUACGUCCUCCUGGACACAGACGGACUGUCCUGGCAGCUGAGGCCCACGUACAGGAUCGACAUGGAGGCCGGUAUGGUUCGAUUCCUGGGUCGAGACAUCCACUUCCCUCGAGGCUAUGGACCCAGGAGGGACGCCCCCUGCUGGUUUACUGCUGGAGUCAUCUGCUCAGGGGGUGUGGAUCUGUAUUCAACCAUCUUCAUGUUCCUCGGGGCGAUCGGCACCUCUGUUUUUGCUGCAGCUUCCCUUUACUGCAUCAGGCGACGCAUCAACCAGAUCCGACUGGUCAGAGGUCCCAACAAGAUCUUGCUGACUCUGGCUGAUGUCACCUUCAUAAACCCGUCGCUUAGCAACAAGAAGCUGAGUCUGGACGACAGCAGGGCCAGCGGCAUGAAGAGCGUUUCUGAACGCAGCGUCGUGUCGCCAGUCUCCAGCCAAUCGCCGGCCACAUACGAAAACUCUAACGUCGUCAUUUUGGGGGGGGACUGGGCGUGGCUGAAGAGACUUCCUGAUGGCACCUUCAGCAGCAUCAACCCCAAAACCAGCGACGUGUUUGAACUGAUGAAGGACAUGCGUCAUGAGAACGUGAACCUUUUCUUGGGUUACUUCCACGACUGUGGCGUAUUCGCCAUCGUGACCGAGUUCUGCUCCAGAGGCAGCCUGGAGGACCUGCUGCUCAACGAAGACGUCAAACUGGACUGGAUGUUCAAGUCGUCUCUGCUGCUGGAUCUUAUCAAGGGUAUGAAGUACCUCCAUCACCGCGGAGUGAGUCACAGCCGUCUGAAGUCCCGUAACUGUGUGGUGGACGGACGAUUUGUCCUGAAGGUCACCGACUACGGGUACACCGAGGUCCUGGAGGCUCAGAGGUUCCCCUUCACCGAACCACGUCCAGACGAGCUGCUGUGGACGGCUCCAGAGAUCCUGAGGAGCAGCCAGCUGGGGCUCCACGGGACUCUACCCGGUGACGUGUACAGCUUCGCCAUCAUCAUGCAGGAGGUGGUGAUGAGAGGGCCUCCGUUCUGCCUGAUGGAUCUGUCUGAUGCAGAGAUCAUCGAGAAGGUGCGGAAGCCUCCUCCUCUGUGCCGUCCUGCGGUAAGCCCAGACUGCGCUCCUCUCGAGUGCAUCCAGCUGAUGAAGCAGUGCUGGAACGAACAGCCAGACAAGAGGCCCACCUUCGACGAGAUCUUCGACCAGUUUAAGAACAUCAACAAGGGGAAGAAGACCAACAUCAUUGACUCCAUGCUGAGGAUGCUGGAGCAGUACUCGUCCAACCUGGAGGAGCUGAUCAGGGAGCGAACAGAGGAGCUGGAGAUCGAGAAACAGAAGACAGAGAAGCUGCUGACACAGAUGCUGCCUCCGUCCGUGGCAGAGGCUUUGAAGGUGGGCGGGGCGGUUGAACCAGAACAUUUUGACCACGUCUCGCUGUAUUUCAGCGAUAUCGUCGGCUUCACCACCAUCUCAGCCAACAGCGAGCCCAUCGAAGUGGUCGACCUCCUCAACGACCUCUACACGAUUUUUGACGCCAUCAUUGGAAACCAUGAUGUCUACAAGGUGGAGACGAUUGGUGACGCCUACAUGGUGGCGUCAGGACUUCCUGUCCCCAACGGCAACCGUCACGCCGCAGAGAUCGCCAACAUGGCGCUGGACAUCCUGAGCGCUGUGGGAACCUUUAAAAUGAGACACAUGCCUGACGUUCCUGUCAGGAUACGCAUCGGCCUGCACACAGGUCCGUGUGUGGCAGGCGUGGUCGGCCUCACGAUGCCUCGCUACUGUCUGUUUGGAGACACGGUGACCACGGCCUCUCGGAUGGAGUCCAGCGGGUUGCCCUACAGGAUCCACGUCCACCAGAGUACAGUGAAGGUCCUGCGGGAAUUAAAUCUGGGCUACAAGGUGGAGCUGAGAGGCAGGACAGAAGUUCGGGGGAAAGGAGUAGAGGAGACCUACUGGCUCGUAGGGAGAGAUGGAUUCACCAAACCUCUGCCAGUUCCUCCAGAAGUCAAGUCCGGGCAAAUGGCCCACGGGCUGCAGAUGGCCGAGAUAGCCCAGUACAAGAAACGGAAAGCCGAGAACACUCGCAUCAGCGUCUCUACAUCGAAGGACGUGAAACAUGUUUUCCACAAGGCCGUGAAGAAGCUGUCUCACGUCCGCGUCGUGACUCAACUCCACGCUCCUGAAGACGAAGACAACGUCAUGAUGGCGCACCACUGA